AUGGUGUUCGAGGGUGCGGAGUAUCUGCCCUUAGUGGGCAAGACCUUAUCCACUGCGGAGAAGACGACCCUGCAGUGUUCGAUUCCCCUUCUUUCCAGUCAUUAUCACUGUCCCGCCACUUUCUGGGGAAAGGUUACGGGAUAUAGGGGCGACUACCUCAUAGCACAGGUGUCGCCAAACGGGUUCUUUGGUCCUCGUGUCAGCUUCUUCAGCAUCAAUGGGGGUGCCACAUGGACACUUUUAGAGGAUGUCGAGGAGCGGCAGGCGAAGUUUUGUGAGCAAAUUCGUGGUGUUUAUCAAGGCAACCCGGACUACGCCUAUAAAAUACGACAUGACAUCCCGCCUGAAUCAGAACCCGAGGUGGAGAUUCCCCCCCUAGACGAUGAUUUGAACCAAGCGAAGGAUGCAUUGGAGAGUGCAGCAAAGCAGGCGGCCUCUGAGGACGGUGGUGAAACCGACGAGGAAGAUGAGAUGGAGGAAGAAGAAGGGGACGAGGAGGAGGAGAGAGAACCCACGCCACCACGUCGUCGUGUCAAUAAGCCCAAGUUUAUGAUUGUUGCGAUUAAAGAAUCGACUCGGUUGGCGCACUUCAUUCAGCUGCACGAUGCUGCGUGCCGGUUGGUGGUGCGCGGGGAGUACGUUCUGCGUGGGGAUGCCGUCGGCGAGCGUAAUCAAAACUUCUCCGGCCACCACCUCCUUCACGCGUUAAAACCGUCGUGCUACCUUAAGGCGCACGCGCGUGGCUGCCCGGAGCGCAACGCGGUUCUCUAUGGGUCGACGUACAACGCGCACACCGACUACCUCCUCCCAAUUACGGAGGAUAUGCCGCAAGGGGUGUGGACCGUCAAGCAUGACACGACGAUGAAUCUCGUCGUGGUGGAAAACCUCUUUUUCGAUGGUAGCUUGUUCUGGUAUAAACCGGGGACGCUGGAGCGCGGGCAGGUGUACUAUGGGAGUGGCGAGAGAAACUUUGAGUUGUGCUUGCAGUUCUAA